AUGCUCCGCUCCACCGCCCUCCUCUUUUCCAUCUCUUCGAUGGCGGCGGGCCACCUAGCCGUCCUCCGGAACGAUGAAAAUCUGCUCACUUUGUCGUCACGACACAUGUUGGUGGCCGUGUCUUCCUUGCGCGAGUCAAUCGAAACCGAGAACCCCGAGCUCUCGCUAGCGACAAUCCUAAUGCUUCAAAUCUCCGAUCGGCUGUUCAAUACCGAUAGCCAGAUCGAUCACCUCGCCGGUGCAAAGGCUGUCAUCAUGCACUCGGGAGGACCGAAGAACUGGACCAGCUCCAGCGCGCAGUUCCUCAUGAGCCUUUGCUUCUACCACGACGUCAUGUCUUCCAUCUCGCGCACGUCAAAACCUCUCCUGAGCAUGACCAACGUGGCCCCUCUCGAAGGACUGCAAAACCUCGCGAAGCUCACGUCUCUUGUGUCGGUUGUGAGCACCAUCAGUAAGAUGCAAGGGCAGAGCGGCGAGGCACAUCAGAGGAGAGGGUUUUCGAUUAGAAACGACUUGCAAGAGCUCACCAUCGCGGCCGAUGGGGACCCGGCUAUCGAACACACCAUUCAAGCCUACAAGCAUGCGGCCAUUGUUUAUCUCUAUCGGGUGUGGAGCGACGGUACGCCGCCACCAAAACCAUUCCACGCGGAACAGUGCAUCCGUCAUCUCUUGAAGGUUCCUGUCACAUCAUCCUAUGUGUCAGCACACGCGUGGCCUUUAUGGACGUCUGGUUGCGAAUCUGUCGACCCCCACCUGCGACAACUGGUUCUCGAGAGACUCAAAACGAUGUAUCAACACCGUCACCUCCCAUCACUUAGGCGGGUCCAAGAAGACAUGGAAGAGGUCUGGGUUGCCAAAGAUGCGCAAAGACGGCAAUUCGGAACCGAAAAUGUGGAUUGCUGCAAAGUGAUUCUGUACAACCGCAACCGAGAAGCUGAUUUAGUUUGA